AUGGAUGGGAAUUUGUCGCAAGGAGGUAUGAUUCCUGGUGGGGCUCCUUUUGGAGGGCUUGACUUGCAAGGAUCAAUGAGAGUUCAUCAUCAAGCACAACAUCCACACACUAUGCACCACCACCAGCACCAUCUCCAUCGCCAAGGAUCUUCACCUCACCCCUCAGUUCACGAUGGUUUCCCACUCACAAUGGGGGCCAUGCACAACUCUGAUCAAAACAUUUCCUUGACUGAUUACAAUAGAGGAGAAAGGGGGAAAAAUUCAGUGAGUGAUGAGGAUGAGCCGAGCUAUACUGAAGAAGGUGCCGAUGGUCACAAUGAUGCAAGCAGAGGGAAGAAGGGGACGCCGUGGCAGCGUGUUAAGUGGACCGAUAAGAUGGUGAGGCUCUUGAUAACUGCUGUGUCUUAUAUUGGUGAGGAUGCUACUUCGGAUUGUGGUGGUGGAAUGCGUAGGAAAUUCUCAGUUUUGCAGAAAAAAGGCAAGUGGAAAUCAGUUUCAAAAGUCAUGGCUGAAAGGGGUUUUCAUGUUUCUCCACAGCAGUGUGAGGAUAAAUUCAAUGACCUUAAUAAAAGGUAUAAAAGGCUCAAUGAUAUGCUUGGGAGGGGCACCUCUUGUCAGGUUGUGGAAAGCCCUGCACUUUUAGAUGUUAUAGAUUUUUUAACAGAGAAGGAGAAAGAUGAUGUUAGGAAGAUAUUAAGCUCAAAGCAUCUCUUCUAUGAAGAAAUGUGUUCCUACCAUAAUGGAAAUAGGUUGCACCUGCCUCAUGAUCCAGCUUUGCAGCGUUCCUUACAGUUGGCUCUAAGAAGUAGAGAUGAUCAUGAUAAUGAUGAUGCAAGGAGGCACCAACAUGACGAUCUUGAUGAAGAUGAUCAAGAGAUUGAAACUGAUGAUCAUGAUGAAUUUGGGGAGAAUCAUGCUUCACAUGGGGAUAGCAGGGCCAUACAUGGGGUGUUAGGUGGUUCUACAAAGAGGUUGAGACAAGGCCAGGGCCAUGAAGAUGCUUGCUUUGGGAAUUCGUCUCAGGACCCUAAUAAAGGGUCUUCUUAUUCUCAUCCACUGAUUGCUCAAGUUGAUAUGAAUCAAGUCUCACCUGAAAGUUCAAGAGCAGCUUGGUUGCAGAAGCAGUGGCUGGAUUCUCGCACACUUCAGCUGGAAGAACAAAAGCUACAAAUUCAACAAGAGAUGUUGGAAUUGGAAAAACAGCGAUUCAAGUGGUUAAGAUUUAGCAAGAAAAGAGACCGUGAACUAGAAAAGCUAAGGAUGGAAAAUGAGAGGAUGAAGCUUGAGAAUGAGCAGAUGGCAUUAGAGUUGAAACGCAAGGAAAUGGGUGUUGAUUUUAAUUGA